UUUGCUUUUGGUUUUGAAAUUUUAUUGUGCUUGCAGUUUCAAUGUCUAUCAGGCAACCUCAGUCAAAACACGGAGACAGUUUGUGAUCAGGGAUGAACUGGUCAAGCCUUGAGACCCUUCUUAGCGGGGUCAAUAAAUAUUCUACAGUGUUUGGUCGAGUCUGGCUGUCUGUGGUGUUUGUGUUUCGUGUUCUGGUGUUUGUGGUGGCGGCUCAGCGUGUUUGGGGCGAUGAGAGCAAAGACUUUGUGUGUAACACCAGGCAGCCCGGCUGCAGCAACGUCUGCUACGACAGCACCUUCCCCAUCUCUCACAUCCGUCUGUGGGCCUUGCAGCUCAUCUUUGUCACAUGUCCAUCACUCUUAGUCAUAGCCCACGUCAGUUACAGAGAGGAAAAAGACAAGAAGUACUUGGCCCUCCAUGAAGGCACCCAUUUAUAUGCCAACCCUGGGAAAAAGCGUGGGGGUCUUUGGUGGACCUACCUGUUAAGCUUGAUCUUUAAAGCCACAGCUGAUGCUGCCUUCCUCUAUAUUCUUCAUCACGUGUAUAAAGGAUAUGACCUCCCUCGAAUCACCAAGUGUUCACUGGAUCCUUGUCCGAAUACGGUGGAUUGUUUCAUCUCCCGUCCCACGGAGAAGAAAAUCUUCACUCUCUUCAUGGUGGUCUCCUCUGCUCUCUGCAUCUUCAUGUGUAUCUGCGAAAUGAUUUAUCUCAUUGGAAAGCGUUUAUUAAAAUACUGUAUGAUGCAAGAAGCAACACCGCAACGAUCUAAAAGACCAGACCCAACGCUUUCCAGCAGCCAAAACUUGAGUUCAGCAAAAUUAAAAGACACCUCAAUGGACAAAACUGCUAUUUAAUGACAGCAGGGUGUUGACAAACCUGUACAGCCUCAGUGAGUUCGGGAUACAGAAUAAAAAAGCCAUCUUUCUUCAACAUCCAAAAUGUAGCAAACAAAUGAAUAAACAAAUUUAAAUAAAUUAGUCAUCUAAGAAUGAGAAUUAGUUAGUACAGACCUCAUGUUGCUUUUAAACACAGUAAUGAAUAUAUAUUUCUUAUAUAAAAGAUGUGAUAGCCAGAAAUUGUGUUUUAUUAUUUUUAUUAUUUUUUUUUUUAGAAUAUGCACUUUAGAAUUAACUUUAAAAGUAUAAUGUAUUUCAAAAUAGGAAAAAAAUCUGGGUGAGCUGUUUUGUUUAUUUUUUUUUAUGAUAUCUUUUUGUAUUCAGUGUACAUACAUAUCAAUAAAGAAAUCAUUUAGAUGCAAAUUUGAAUAGACAGAGUGAAAGGUUAGUAUUUUAAUUUUUGAAAUAUAUUAUUAACUUAUCCUAAAGUCUUUCAAAAAUAUUUAUGUCUUCAGUUUUAUCACAAAAAGAUAUAUUCACAGCAGAAUGUCCAAGCUGCUCUUAUGCAACCACUUUUGUGAAUUUUUUUUUUGUUUUUGUUUUUUGUAGUUUGACACCCCCACUUUCAUUGUAUGGAAGAAAAAACAAAGCAGCUCUGAUAUUUAGCUUAACUCCUCAUUUUAUGUCACACUAAAUAAAGAAUGCAUACUUUGAAUAAAUGAUGGUAGAAAUACAUUUCUGGGUAACAAUUUCUUUCAAACGACUUGCAUUAAAGCUUAAUAUGCUAUAUCAAAUCUCUUAUCAGUGUUUCAAACUCUCAGUAUAAUUCCUCUGAUGCUCUCUGGAUCUUUUCAGUCCUUUUUUCUGUCAGCCUACACUGCUUUUGCUCCUAUAAUGCAUUUAAAAAUAAAAUCUUUUAACACAGAGUGCCCAGUGCAUUUUUAUUUACAUGUUACAUAAGAAGCACCUCUUGAUCUUUUGCCUUCAGCAACCAAUGAUUACAUCCCUCCUACCUUUUCUAUCUCACUCACACACCACACUCAAAUAUGUCACACUGCACACCAAAGGCAGAAAAAAAGAAAGAAAAAAAAGAUUCAGUACACAUUUAUUUGAA